CAAACCUACCUCUUUCUCUAUGCUUCACUUCAUAAUCUCUGUUCUCUUUAAUUUUGAGUCAGGUAUUAACAUUACAAAAUCAGAAGUUGGUGAACCCCAAAGGGUCCAGCUGUACACAAUUUCUUAGAGAGAGAGAAAUAGGGAGCCCAAGUCUUCUAGAGAGAGAGAGAGAGAGAGUGAAGAUGUGUGCCCUCAAGUUUUGCUCUUGUUAUUGUUCAGAGACUAAUUUAGCACAGCAAGACUCUUUAUUUCUUGCUCUUCUUUGUUUGCAUUUGCUGAUUUGCACAAGUGAAGACUAAAACGGAACCCACAACCCAAAGACUGAAGCUUUUCACGGUUUCGGAUCGGAUUCAAGGAAUUUAAGGUGAAUCUCGAUCUGGGUCUGCAAGGAUUUGCUUUGGGGGUUCUGAUUUUGACUUAAAGGUGGCAUCUUUAUAUCUAUGAGAUUGUGGUUAUCUGAUGGACUCAAACGCUGUACAGUCUUCGAGGGGAUAUAGAGUUCAAGCUCCACUGGUUGACUCCGUAUCAUGUUAUUGUAAAGUAGAUGCUGGCUUGAAAACAGUUGCAGGGGCAAGAAAGUUUGUCCCAGGAUCAAAACUUUGCAUACAGCCUGAUAUCAAUCCAAAUGCACACAGGGGGAAAAAUUCACGUAGGGAAAGGACCAGAUUCCAGCCACCCCUUCUGCCUGGCCUACCUGAUGAUCUUGCAAUUGCUUGUUUGAUCAGAGUCCCUCGAAUGGAGCACAGAAAACUUCGUCUAGUUUGCAAGAGAUGGUAUCGACUUCUGGCUGGAAACUUCUUUUAUUCUCUUAGGAAAAGUCUUGGAAUGGCAGAAGAGUGGGUUUAUGUCAUCAAAAGAGAUCGUGAUGGAAGAAUCUCUUGGCACGCUUUUGAUCCCACGCACCAGCUCUGGCAGCCACUUCCACCUGUUCCUGGUGAAUAUUCUGUAGCGCUUGGUUUUGGCUGUGCUGUUCUUAGCGGUUGUCACCUGUACUUAUUUGGAGGGAAAGAUCCAUUAAAGGGAUCUAUGAGACGGGUUAUUUUUUACAGUGCUCGGACAAAUAAAUGGCACAGGGCACCAGAUAUGCUUCGAAAACGGCAUUUCUUUGGUGCUUGUGUUAUCAAUAACUGCCUUUAUGUUGCUGGUGGAGAGUGUGAAGGAAUUCAAAGGACUCUUCGUUCUGCUGAAAUUUAUGACCCUAACAAGAACCGGUGGAGCUUUAUUUCAGAUAUGAGCACAGCUAUGGUUCCCUUCAUUGGGGUUGUUCAUGAUGGAAUGUGGUUCUUAAAAGGACUUGGAUCGCACCGUGAGGUAAUGAGUGAAGCCUAUUCUCCUGAAGCUAACACUUGGAACCCCAUCAGUGAUGGGAUGGUUUCUGGUUGGCGCAACCCAAGUAUUUCCUUAAAUGGGCAACUCUACGCUCUGGACUGCCGUGAUGGGUGCAAGGUUAGGGUUUAUGAUAGGGGGACAGAUUCAUGGAACAAAUUUAUUGAUAGCAAGCUUCAUCUGGGUAGUUCUCGUGCUUUGGAGGCUGCUGCACUUGUUCCCCUGAAUGGGAAGCUUUGCAUUAUUCGUAAUAACAUGAGCAUCAGUUUAGUUGAUGUUUUGAGUCCGAAUAAACAGGUUGAAAGUAACCCUAAUCUUUGGGAAAAUAUUGCUGGUAAAGGUCAUUUUAGAACUCUAGUCUCAAAUUUAUGGUCAAGCAUAGCAGGCCGAACAGGUUUGAAGAGUCACAUUGUACACUGUCAAGUGCUCCAAGCAUGAAAAACCGACAUUCAUGUUGUUUCAGCUCUGUCAAUGUGGGAGGUGAGACUUAAGAUGUGGAGCACUGUUGUAGCUAGUAUCUGUAUACCCAAGGCAAUCAUCCCCUGCGUGCUAUCUGGUAUGGAACUGGUGAUGCUGGUUUCAGCAGUAGACUUUCGAGGUUGUUGGUCUCAGCAAUAGAAUUAUGUGGUCAUUUCUUUACAUACAUGAAGAGAGAGAUGAGGAGCAUUCACAUCUGUAAAUUUUGUUAUAUUGGUCUAGGCCUUUUUGUCUGCUGCUAUGGAAAUUUAUGUAUUAGUGGUAUGUUAGAGAUGCUUUGUGAAUAUACAUGGGUGAUUAGAGAUCAUUCAAUAUAGACGUGUUCAUCUCUGGGAAUUGGUAGCUAUGGGAUUUAUGUAUUAUUUAUUAAUCUUC